AUGGACGAAAUAAUCAAAAUCGAAACAACAAUAAUACUAACAACAACAACAACAACAAUACUCGCUCAUCUCCUCAUCCUACCUCUUCUUCCUCUUCCUCGGUCUAUUUUUUGCCUAUUCUUCUCCUUCGUCAUCUUCUUCUCCACCUGCUUCCCGUCGCCCCACUCGUCGUCACCAGGCUGGCAGGGUGAGUCCGCUCACUCUGACAGCCUGGAAUGUUCGUUCCCUUUUAGACAAUCCGAGGAGCAACCGACCGGAACGCAUAACAGCGCUAGUGGCCCGGGAACUGGCGCGCUACAAGGUGGACAUCGCCGCACUCAGCGAGACUCGAUUCUCCGAAAAAGACCAACUGGAGGAGGUGGGGGCCGGCUACACCUUCUUCUCGAGUGGUCGCCCCAGAGCAGGUCGAUGA